AGCUCAGGAGUUUUUUAGUCCCUCUUGUUCCGUUGAACUGAGUGUUUAUUUCCAUGGCAGUUCUACUGAGUACUGUGCUCUACCUAAGAGCUCUGGUUUUAUUCACCAGCAUAGCUGCCUCUGCUCUUGGACAGAACUUGCUCAGCUGUGAAACUACAUCUCCUGAUGCUUCUGGGUAUCGCUGCAGAGGAAAAGGAUUGCAGGACAAAUGCAGCACAUAUGUGAUUCUUCGUACUAAUUCAUAUUACUCAUCUCUUUCCAACCUCAGCAUUUACUUGGGUCUCAAUCGGUUUUCAAUUGCUGAAGCUAAUGGCUUCUCUGCUGACACAGAGUUUCUCCCAAAAGAUCAGCCUCUGUUGAUACCAGCUGACUGUGAAUGUAAGAAUGGCUUCUUUCAGGCCAAUUUGACAAGAACUACACUCAAAGGGGAGAGCUUUUAUAGCAUUGCAGAGUCUCUGGAGGGCUUGACAACCUGUAAAGCAAUCCAAGAGAAGAAUCCUGGGGUGUCACCAUGGGGUCUUGAGGGAAAACGCCGGUUGCUGUUGCCUUUGAGAUGCUCCUGCCCAUAUGAAUAUGAAAUCAAUCCGAAGUCAAGACUCUUGCUUUCCUAUCCUGUGAUUGAAGGCGACACAAUUUCUAAUUUGGCCAGUGAGUUCAAUACUACUACAGAAGCUAUUGUGUCUGCAAAUAGUAGAUCUCUAGAGUCCUUUAAACCUGAAAAUUUGAUACCCUUCACAUCUCUUUUGAUUCCAAUCAAUGGUGACCCUGUUCUUGGUUCACAGGUAAAACCAAGUGAGCCUAAUGUGCAUUUUCCAGCAACCAGGAACUCCGUAAUCAAUCGGCAUAAGAAGUCUAGGAUGUGGAAGAUUGGAGUUUGCAUUGCUGGGGUUGUAGUUGGAGCUGUCAUUGCCACUGCAGCAGUCUUGUUGGUUAUCCUUAGGAAGAAGAGAAAGGAGAAAAAUUCAGCUAAGGAUACAGAUGUUGAGCUGCAGCAGCUGAGUUUAAGUGUAAGAACCGUGAGUGAUAAGAAAGUCUCUUUUGGAUCUCAAGACCCUCUAGAUGGACAGAUCCUUCACACAACACCCCGGAAGCCGCUGCUGGAUAUGUACACCAUUGAUGAGCUCAGAAAAGCUACCGAGGAUUUCAAUUCAGGCAAUCACAUUGAAGGAACUGUGUAUCACGGUCGACUCAAUGGAAAAAACGUGGCAAUAAAGCGAACAAAAACUGAAAACAUUGCCAAGGUUGAGCUAAGAUUUUUCCAGGAUGCAACUCACUAUCAUCCCAACAUAAUCAGGCUAUUGGGAACCUGUAUGACUGAGGGUCCAAAUUCGUUCCUUGUAUUCGACUAUGCUAAAAACGGGUCCCUGAAGGAUUGGCUCCACGGCGGAUUGGCAAUGAAGAACCAGUUCAUUUCCUCCUGUUACUGUUUCUUGACAUGGAGCCAGAGGAUGAGGAUAUGCCUUGAUGUAGCCGUGGCCUUACAGUUUAUGCACCACGUCAUGAAUCCAAGCUAUGUUCAUCGAAACAUCAAGAGCCGGAACAUCUUCCUUGAUGAAGAUUUCAAUGCUAAAAUUGGUAACUUUGGAAUGGCAAGAUGUGUUCAAGAUGAGACCGAGUGUCCUGAUCUUUCAACCAAUCCUGUUUCUUGGAGUUUGGGAUAUUUGUCUCCUGAGUAUCUUCACCAAGGUGUAAUUUCCCCAGGUAUGGACAUUUUUGCUUAUGGGGUAGUUCUGUUGGAGGUUUUAUCUGGACAAACUCCAACAAGCAGACCUGAGAAGAAAGGAGGAGGCAGCGUUUGGCUGACAGAAAAGAUCAAGACAAUACUGCAAUCAGAAAGCGCAGAUGAGCUGAGGGAAUGGAUGGACAAUGCAUUGGGGGAGAACUAUUCAUUUGAUGGAGCAGUGACACUGGCCAAUCUUGCAAAGGCUUGCACAGAGGAAGAUCCUACUUUGAGGCCAACAGCCGGGGAGAUAGUCGAGAAAUUGUCAAGACUGGUGGAAGAAUCGCAGGAAGGCGAGCAUAUGCUAAUCAGUGAAAGCUGUUCCAAACCUCUGGUAAAGGAAACCUCAGCCAUUCUGUGAAUAAAUAUAUCAAUUGGGAUCCAGAAAUAGGCUAUUGCUACUAUAGUUUUUCUGUUGCUUAAAAUGUUCUAGUCUCCUUGGUUAGCUUGGCAAUGCAUAAACGUAACUAAGAAACUGAGUGGAAAAGAGGGCAGUUUUCUGCUUGGAUUGCCUCUGUUUCUACUUUUCUUUAGAUAAUGAAUCAAAGUAGUACUUCUCUGUGUUUAAGGCAUAGCAUUGUGAAUUUACUUAAUACAUACCUAGAAUGUCUGAGAAAUUGCUUCUCCGGUAAUUACGUUUUAUUUCUUAUACAUAUUUUUUAGUAGUUGUUUGGGUUGCUCCAUUGAAACGUGAGCCUGCCUUGGUAAUAUUAUAUGAAUCAGUCAAAGAUGUAGCUCUACUACACCCAAAUCAAUGAAUUAAAAAACAGAUU